GUGGAAAUGGAGGCACCGCUGCACCACGAGUCGAGUUUAAGCAGCCGAAGUCUCGAGCAGCAUCGGCAUCAGCAGCAUCAGCUGCAUCAGGCGACGAUAAAGGAGCCGCCCUCGCCGGAAGUCCGUCUUCAGCCUGAGGAUCUCUCGGUACAAAGGCUGAAGGUCGAGGCCGAGAGGCGUACGCCCCAGCCGACGCUACCCAAGCGUCCGGAGCUCAAGCUCUCGGUGCGCAAGCUCCUCGGCUGCACUCCGUCGCCGCCGCCGAUCAGCAGGGACCGAUCAACGAGUCCGGAUGAGCAGCGACCCGAUGGGAGGCCGAGCCCCGAGGUCAGGCAAUCGAGCCUCCUCAAGCCCGCCUCCGGCCACGAGGAUACGGUCAAAGGUCUCUGCAGUAGCGGGGGCGGGAGGAGCGGCGGCGGAGGAGGCGGUGGCGGUGGAGCCGGAGGCAAUGGGAAGCAGCGGAGGUCGCGGACGAAUUUCACGCUGGAGCAGCUCGCGGAGCUCGAGAGGCUUUUCGACGAGACCCACUACCCGGAUGCUUUUAUGCGCGAGGAGCUGAGUCAGCGGCUCGGCCUCAGCGAGGCGCGGGUCCAGGUCUGGUUUCAGAAUCGACGCGCCAAGUGCCGCAAGCACGAGAGCCAACUGCACAAAGGUGUAACGGGUGGCAUGGUCCUGGCGCCGCGCAGCCCACCGACGAGCCUCGAGCCCUGCCGCGUAGCUCCGUACCUACCGGCGCUCCGGCUCCACCCGCAGAUCCAGCCGACGGCGAACAACUCGGCGAGCUCGGCCUUCGACCCGGCGGUGCUCCAUUACGCCGCGGCCGGGGGUCUCUUCUGCCUGCCACCGCACCCGGGCCACCCGGGCCCGACCCCCGGUGGCACCGCCUCGGGAGCGACCGGACACCCGGCACACCCCCUCAGUCUCGCCGCCUCCCUAGCCGCCGCGGCCGCAAACAGCAGGUCCAAGAGCAGUAGCAUCGCCGACCUGAGGCUCAAGGCCAGGCGGCACCAGGAGGCCCUCGGGCUCUCGAGGCCGGCGUAA